GUUACUCCCAGAAUGGUAACAGGUCUUUACAAGCAGCACCCCGACACUAGACGGAAGCCAUCAUAUGCUUAUAGGACAUGUCCAACAGCGUCAAUGAUACAUUACAAGCCAGUGUCAACGUCGACCACAUUGAUGGACAGGACUCUUUUCAAAGGCGUUUGCGUCAUAUAACGUCCAUUCAAAUUCGCAACCUGACACCUUUUCCUGUUCGAGAUGCAUUUACUUCUGCUCUCGCCCGUCCCGCUGAAUAUUCCCAAUUCACGCCUUUGGGAAACCUCUCAGACGAUCUUGAUGUAACCCUGUCUCGCAAACGCUCGAGAAGGAUCUCCACAACCUCUGUGAAUACCCUUCGAAAGGUCGUCGGAAGAGCCCUCUCCAAAGUCAGUUUCUCAGGCGGGAGCGCAGAGCCCACGCAAAGGAGCAACGCUAUCUCUCGUACCAUUUCAACCAGUGGUACCGCACCCACGAUGAGACCAAGUCACCGCGUGCGCACUAGCUCCAUGGUCUCGUCCCUUAUUUCAUCUUCAUCUUUAUUCUUCGAUUAUUCGCAGAGGACAUUGGAGAAAGUUGUUCAAUCCCGCCUCGUGGAAACAUUCAUUUCAAUCACUGUUCCAGACUCUCCGGAUGUUUUACCAUGCCCUUCACCGUCGCCCACCACGCAACGAACUCGCGCUGAAACUUCCAAAAUGUCACGUCCGAAUAGUACGGAUACCUCCAAGGCUCCAUCCUUACCCCGACCAGAACCUUCCUCCUCAACCCGUUCCUCUUCCUCCCUCAGGAAAGGUACACCGCCAGUCAAAACAGCAGGGACGUCCCUUACACCACGAAUGGUUCCUAAAACACACAAGCCCUCGGCUUCUGUCCCACAGAACCUCACAGCGAGCCAGCUGCCGUCACCCCCAGCUUCUCCAGCGUCUCCAGAACCACCUCCGUUUCGCGCCGUACCGAACUACAUAUCCCCCAUCCACCAGCCCUCGACGAACCCUUCUUUCGUGAUUGAUGCACGGUCGGAAUCUGAGUUUGCUCCGUGGACGGAUUUAAGUGCCGAUACUGUGAAUAUUGAGCUCUGGGCGAAGACAUGUCGUCACCCUACCGGUGGAGCUCCACUCGAAGGCAAAGGAAAACAGAAGGAGAUGUCGGUAAUUGAUCCCACUACAGAGGGAGCUGAGUGGACCGUCCUGGAGAAAUGGAAUAUCACCCUUACAGACCUUGUCCCGCUGACACUUGAGGUAUGCGGACCGAACUCGCUCAUCCCUCACGCCUGCCCAUCCAAUACCCUUUUCAUAUCAUUUUCCACUUGCGCACAAACAUACUACCUGCCCACUCGUUCAAUUUCGGGGACACAUCCACACUCACGCUCUCCUUCUCCAGCUGCCUACACCUCUGAGCCAGAGACAGAAUUACGGAAGUUCGGACACUCUGCCGACCCGGCUACAGCAACACAUUUUCAUCUCACCCGAACGCCUUCUGAACAGCCUAUCAGACCGCGCAGAUCCCGCAGGACAGGUGCCAGAACUGCGAGUUCACAAGAUUUACUGCAGCUCGUUACACUCCGGUCAUGCAUCGUCGACCACGAGGAGUCGCUUGCGGACGUCAUUCGGCAAAUAGACAAAGCAUUGGCCGGUGAUGUCGUUGCAAUAUUGAAACGGGAGGCUUCGGAACGCCAAGCGCGUAUCGAAGAUCGACAAUCUGAAGCAAACGAGAUCUUGGAACGGGCUUGUCUGUUACGUCAAGAUAUUGCUUCUCGGCGCAAGGACAUAAGACAGCGGAGAGAUGUCCUUGCGACUGCUAGGUUGAUACAUGCUGAAGAGCAGGCUAGCUACCAGCAGACUGCCGUGGAAGUUGCUGAGCAGAAGCGAGGUCUUGAUGCCCUUCGGAGCCGUCUUCCGCCUAUACGAACGUCCUUGAUCUCGACGCUGUCAAGAAUAUAUCCUAUUGAGCUGCUCUCUCCCUCAGAGCUUCUAUUUACCAUCCUCACCAUUCCGUUACCGAUCCCUUUCAACGCUACCGAACCUGCCCCGCCAUUGUCGCUCGCUUCACACAAAGAAGUGACUGAAGAUGCAAUAGCUAUCGCGCUAGGUUUUGCUGCACAGCUAGUGCAGCUCCUUGCCAUCUAUAUGGGCAAGGGUCUCACGUAUCCUAUCACCUGUAUAGGGAGUCGGAGUCUGAUCAGAGAUAACAUUUCCGCCAUGGUUGGUCCCAGAAUGUUUCCUCUGUUCUCGAAGGGCGUUGACACCUAUAGAUUUGAGUAUGGUGUGUUCUUGCUAAACAAGGACAUCGAAUUGCUUAUGGCAGAUAAGGAUUUGCGAGCCCUGGACAUGCGACACACACUACCUAAUCUGAAAAACUUGCUCCUGACACUUACUGAUGGUGAAUGUGCGAGCAUCCACAACUCUCGGGUAUUCGAUUCGCCAGCUUCUUCCGGCCUCGCGACACCCCCACGGGCACGAUCGCCGCCUCCUGCGCUGGUGCUCACACCCGUCAGUCCAAAGGCUAGUCCACGCGAAUUGCCUGCAGACAUAGAGGCCGAGAGUACAACCCCAACCGAGAGCGGUGCGACGACGCCCACAGCAACUGCUCCAUUUACCGAAGGGGGUAGUACCUUCUCUCGUUAUUCGAAAAUAUCAAUUGGAUUUCCGCCCCUACCGGGAUUUUUACGUUCGCGGAACGCUUCUGCCAUCGGUCGGGCGUCGGUGAGAUUAGACCCUGAGACCGAUGAAGAAGCACAAGAUGGAGUCCAGGGUGCGCCGAUGGGGGAGGAUGAGGAGGAUCGACGAACUAUUCGGGGGGUUGUUGUUGAUUGUGGUGAGGGUAAGGGUGGUGAGUCGGAGGCGAGGAGCGUUAUUAAGGGGCCGAAGGAGCCGAUGGAGAAAACUGUGGAUGACGCUUCUGCGGUUGCACCAUGCGCUGUGGUUGCGCGUGCUUCGUAAUGCUAACGGUGAUUGUCCGGGAAGCGGACGUGUGUCACGUUUUAUAUGAAUUCUGACAUAUCUUAAUGAAGGCGAGCUUUGCAGGACUUUUAAUGGACAGAUUUUGUUCUCCUAAGCGCGUUUUUUCAAAAGUUCUGGCGCCGUGACUGGUCGGCCACUGAUCCGAGCUCCGCAAAAGGACCGCGGGCGGCAAGAAGGUUAAUGGGCUUCUGGCACAAUUUUGGCAGCCUUACUUAGUAUGCAACGGCAGAGGGACGCUAGCCGCAGCCGGUGCAUUGAGAUAACGUAGUAUCGAGCAUAAGCUUACAAUUCGAUCGUCG